AUCCGCCCUUCCUACAUGCAAGUCCAAGACCAAACCUCAAGUGGGCAAGGGCAACGGCAAGGGCGACAAAGGAAAAGGCAAGGUUCAUAAUGAUAAUCCACCCCCUGGUGCACCAUACAGCUUUACAGAGGAGCGGGAGGAGGCAAUCGCUCGCUGGGUAGAGAGUAAGAAGCUCCUUUAUGACAUGAAAGACAAACAGUACAAAGACAAGGCUUUAAGGAGGCAAUUGUGGUAAGGAAAGGCUGCGGAGUACGAGGUAGAUUAUGAUUCAAUUCAAAGAUAGUACCACACACAAAGGACUCGAUUCUCGAAGAUGCGAGAGGGCCAACCCAACAAGAAAUCCCAGCACAGGUCCGGUGAUGGUUUGUCAAAUGGUGAAGAGGAACAUCCCAACCCUACUGAAGAGGCCAGUGAGAAUGAUAGUGACCGUGAUAGGUUCAUCCGACUGGUCUUUGGGUUCCUGAAGCCACACAUCAGACGUCACAAAAAGGAUACACCAGCUAGUUUUAAGGACAAGUUGGUCCUGGCUGAGACGGGUGAGCUGGCUGGGAGUGACGACAGUACCAUGGCAGUCAGUCUUGCAGACGAACCCAGGGAGCCCACUAAGAAGUAUACUGGCUACCCUACACCGAGACCUCCUUCCAGGACAAGAAGAGCUGCCAAGGACCGAUCUGAGUCUCCAACCAUGGAGAUGAGAGCUACCACAGCAUCAAAUGAUCUCCAAGAUAGACUGGUUAACUUCAUCACUCGAGAACAGGAAGUCAACAGAGCCACACCUUUCUGCAGGUACCUGAAAACUGAACUGGAUCGUCUACAUGAUGCCUAA